AUGGGCAGAUGGCAGCCCAGCAGAGAAACUCGUGGCACAGUGGUGCAAAGAUGUCAGAAUGUGCAGGAAAACAUGCUGCGGAAUCUCGAAGAGAUGCGUGCCUAUCGUCAGGGCAUCGAUGAGGUUGUGGAAAGAAGAAAGGCAAGUGCGCGGCGGAUGAUGGAAGAGUUGAAGCCAAAUGCUGACACUAUCGUGCUCAGCGAGCUCAAGCCAGCCCGCCAUUUGGACCCUGUACAGCCUCGCCCCAAAGAGUUUCAGAGCAUGAAGGACCGCAUCUCCGCCAUGGAGGACAAUGCAGAGAGCAAUCACGAGGUGCUGGGUGACCACAGAAAGGUUCUUGAUUGCAUCUUGGCAGUUCGACAGGCUGCCGAGCAGUCGAAAGGACCGCAGAAGGUGUCGGGCAGCCAGGCUUUGACACACGCCGCGAACCAGGUUGUGGAGGAGGAAGCAGAACCCGAGAGCGUCAGUGUCAACGAGAAAUGUCGAGAGAUUCAGCGCAAUUCUCGCUGGAUGGGUACGGCCAUGCAGAAGGCGGCUGUGUCCAAGGCCAGAGUGGACGAUGCCAAGGACAAACGCCGCCAGCAAGAUAUGGACUUGAGGGCGGAAGCUGGAAGCCAAGCGACGGACGAAGCCACGGUGAGGCUCGGAAGAUCUCGGAAGGAUUUGGGAUUCGAAGGGAAGAUUUCGGAGAGCGGAAGCACGGACCAUGCAAAGGGCAGACAGUGA